AUGAAAUCAACAUUUACCUUGGCGGCUCUGUCGCUCUUUGCCUCACAAUGCCUCGCGGCCUCUGUCGACAUGUGGUCUGCUCCCCUCAGCGCCCGGAGCGCAGCCAAAUACGAGCCCAUUGACCCCGAAGUGAUCAAGUCUCGACUGGGCACAACGCCCGAGGAGAAUGAUCCAGAGCACAGGCACCCUGGAAUGGUCUACUUUUGUCGUGAGGAAAACUGGGGACCUCCUUGCUUCGUCUAUUACCCCGAGCUCGAGUACACAUGCUCCGAGCUGGGACCAGAGCUCGCAGGCCAUGUUGGAUCCGUCUUUGUCGAACCGGGUGCCAUCUGUCGAAUGGCAACCGCCCAAGACCGAUGUAACCCGAUCGAGUUCUUUGCCUGGCCAGAGACUCAGAACGGUUGGCCUGAUCUCUUUCAAAGGGAGAGCCCCGAUGGUGAAGGCAAGCUUGGUUAUGAGACGACGCACUUCACAUGCGCCGAGUGCACGAAUUGCGUGCGGAACCCACAGUAG